GAGUUGAGCUCGAGGGUGAAAGCCUGGUCUGUGGGCCUCUCCUCGCUGCCCUUGAAGUGGUUCCAGGCCGAGAAGGAGUCUGAUAUCAUGCUCGAGACUUUCAAGAUGGAUGAAGCCGUGAAAUCCAAGAGCACGAUCAGGCUCACUUGGACAAGGGCUGUGGCCCACGUCAUGCUGGUGAAGCAGCUCCUGACGCUCGAAGGGGUCCUGAAGAAGAAGGAGGACUUCCCUCUUUGGUUCAAGCAAGUCCGAUCAACAGACGAGACCGCCAACUUGAACGGCGGCUCGAAAAACGACAAGGAAAAUAAGGGCCCAUACUCCGCUGGGGCCCUGGCCUGCAUGCAGACCUUCCACGUGCUCAUCCAGCCCGAUCUCAAGGCCGAGUGGCAGAAGAUGGAGGCGGCCACUGUCGGGUUCGACGGACCCGUCACGGGCUGGGUCAAGGUGGAUUCCUUGAUGGCCAAAGUCCGACAGCGCCUGAAGAAGAGGUCCCUGGCCGACAAUGCUGAAGGCACGGGCUCCAGGGGACAGUAG